AUGGGUCAUUUGUUCAAAAUUAUUGGGACCUUAGAAAAUAUGAAGAGAAGUUCUUCAACUAUACGCGUAUGUCAACAACAUCUUUUGAUUAUUUGCUCAGCAAAAUUCGAACAGGUAGGUAUUAGUGGAAGAGAUACAAAUUUUCGUCUUUGUAUUACGCCAGAAGAGAAGCUUUGGGUAACAUUGAGAUACUUAGCAAGUGGUUGCUCGUUUACUGAGCUUCACUUCAGCCACAGAAUAGGAUUAUCAACCAUCAGAAAAAUCGUGGAAGACGUUUGCACAGCCAUUUGGGACAUCAUGAGAGCAGAAUGUUUUCCUGAGCUCACGACUGAAGCGUGGUUAAGCAUAGCUGAAGGUUUCCAACAACGGGCAAAUUUUCCUCAUGUGAUUGGAGCUAUUGAUGGAAAACAUGUCAGAGUUUACAAACCAUCCUUAACAGGAUCAUUGUAUUACAAUUACAAACAUUUUUUUUCAAUAUUGUUAGUAGCCAUUUGUGAUUCUAAUUAUAAAUUCAUUUUCAUCGAUGUUGGUGCGUAUGGUAAAUGUAGCGAUAGUACUGUUUUUCAGAAUUCAAUAUUUUACAAAAAACUUAGGGAAUUUAAUCUUAAUAUACCAAAAGAAUCGAAUAUUCCGGGAGUUCCCAAUGAUCUGCCAUAUUUUUUCAUAGGCGAUGAAGCUUUUAGCAUUUCUGAACACAUAUUAAGGCCAUAUCCGGGGACCAACUUGAAUUUUACUAAAAGAAUAUUUAACUAUCGUCUGAGCCGAGCGCGCAGGUAUAUAGAAUGUGCAUUUGGAAUGUUAACUCACAAAUGGCGAAUAUUUCAACGACCAUUAGAUGUUAACGUAAAUUUGGCAAUAAAAAUUAUCAAAGCGUGCUGUUUGCUUCACAAUUUCGUAAGAGAAAGGCAUGGUGUUAAUUUCAACGAAAUAGUAUUCAAUGGUGAUACAGAGGGUAUGUGCGAAAUUCCGAGGGCUAGACUUCUAUCAGGUACACGCGGCAGUAAUGCAAGGAAUAAUUUAGCUGAUUUUUUGUUAAUAUUGACCCUUUGCCGUGGCAAAACAAAUAUGCUUAAACUAGCUGCAGCGUUCAUAAUUGUAAUUUACCUAUCAUUAUCUUGUAAUGAAUAAAAAAAUUAAAACAACUUACCGUUCUUUUUUUUUUCUUCAACCGAUGCAUUAUUAUCAGUAAAUAUAUUUAUUACUUCCUCCCAUUGUUUCACCUUCUGCGCUCUGUCACUGUAUUCAUCACAUUUCAUAUUCCAGAUAGCUGGGUGGUUUUCGAUUUCAAAUAUAAAUCGAUCGAUAUCGAGAUCCAUUUUCAAACACACACGU